UUAUAAUUUGUUGGCGUUGGCAAUUUGUUUGUUGUGAAGUGCGUGGAUUGAUCACGUUGUUUUCAAAUAUUUUUUAGGUUAAGAUUACUAAGUGAAUGUUUAGGGCCUAUAAACUUAUCGGGAUUCAGUUAUAAAAUGAGUGAUGUUAACGUUAUGGAUACAACUGAAUCUGAAUCAAAUGAAAGACCUGAGGGUACGUUGAGUGAAGUCGGCGAUAUUGAUGGUGAUCCAGAACAAGAUACAGCCACUAAACCUAACCUAAGUGAUUGUAGUUUACAAACAAAAAGUUCACCUAACAAGAAUGAUCCAUAUGCAUAUAUAGAUAGAAAUGGAUUUACAUCAGAGAAAUUCAAAAUAGAAAUCAAAGGGUUACCAAAGUUUUAUGGCAUUGGAGAACUGAAGAAAUUGCUGAACACAAAGUUGAAAUUGGGCUCCAACAAAAUAAAACCUCCCAAGAAAAGAAGCAAUUGGGUUUUUGUCUGUUUCCGUUCGGAAGAAGAUAGAGAAGAAGCUUUGAAAGUUAUCAAUGGACUGAAGUGGAAAAACGUAACUUUAUCAGCAAUUGUAGCGAAGCCGGCACCAGACCCGUUGGUGAAGCGGAGGAAUGAGGCGCAGGAAGAAGCAAACAAGAGACUGAAGGUUGACGACCAGAGGACGCAGGAGGAAAAGGUGAAAGACUCGACAGUUCCACUGUGGCGAUUACCGAGGGAGGAGCAAGCUAACCAAAAGACCAAUAAUGUGAAGAGAAUCGUGAGAAACAUAAUUUACGACAUCGAGAGGCAAAACAAAGGACUGAAGACGUACUUCAAUACUCAGAGGGAUAAUAAUGAAGGUGCUCCGCUGAAAAUGCACCCGAUUGUCAUGGACAGUCAAGACACUGGUUAUAGAAACAAGUGUGAGUUCACCAUCGGUAUCAAUGAUGAGACAGGUGAAAAGACUGUGGGAAUGAGACUGGGAAGCUAUGCGACUGGCACGGUGGGAGUAGCACCUGUCUAUAACCUGCCUCACGUCCCGGACCGUAUGAAGCAGGCAGUCAAGGUGUUUGAGGGGAUGGUGAGAGCAUCUCCGUUGGAAGUUUUCAACCCGGAGACGUACUCCGGCCACUGGCGACAGUUGACAGUGAGGCUCGGCAUGAACACUCAGCAGCUGAUGCUGAUAGUGGGCAUCCAUCCUCAGCAGCUCACACAGCAGGAGGUGGUGGACUUCAAGCAGCAGCUGAAGGAGUUCUUUACUUCAGGCGAAGGACAGGUCCUUAACGUCACCUCCCUGUACUACCAGGAGAUCACUAAGAGACAGAGUGGGGCUGAACAGUGUCUGGAGUUGGUGGCCGGAGAGGACCACAUCUCCGAACUGUUGUGUGGUCUCCGCUUCAACAUCUCCCCGAUGUCGUUCUUCCAGGUGAACACUGGUGCGGCAGAGCUGCUCUAUCGUGCGGUGGGCUCCUUGGCGCAGCUCACGCCGCAGACCACACUGGUCGAUGUGUGCUGCGGUACGGGUAGCAUCGGACUCUCUCUUGCCAAAGACUGCGGUCAAGUGCUGGGGUUGGAGUUGAUGGAGCAGGCUGUGGUAGAUGCUCGGCAAAAUGCGGUCAACAACAGUAUUACCAACUGUGAAUUCUUCUCCGGCCCAGCCGAGGACAUUUUACAGUCAGUUGUGGACCGAGCCAAGUUCGACGACGUUGUGGCCGUCGUUGACCCACCCAGAGCUGGCCUACGUCAAAACGCAGUGUUGAUGCUAAGGCGGACGUCCAAGAUCAAGAAGAUUGCGUACCUCGCUUGCGACCUGAAAUCUGCCUCCAAAAACCUGGUGGAUCUGGCACGACCGGCUUCCAAGACACUGUCCGGCGCCCCCUUCGUACCAGUGGCUGUUACGCCGGUAGACAUGUUCCCCCUCACCGACCACUUUGAGGUCAUCAUCUACCUCGAGAGGCUGGUAGAAACGCAAAGCUAGAUUUCUAAACCCUCAAGCUGGCAGGCAAACUCUUUGCAGUGGGUCAGACUAUCCAUUUUACUUUUCAAAGGUCUAUUUCAACUUCAAUCAAUUAUCUGUAAAUUUAACAAAAUUGUUUUUUAAUACUGUACUUUAAAAACAUUUUUGUACAUUAAAUGUUUUAAUUAGAUUUUUAAAUCAAGCUAAAUAGACAGAAAAAGUAAAAUUAUUCCAUCUUCAAAUUUUGUUUUAUUCUUUAUUUUUGCAGCAAUUUGAUUUUGUUGCAAUAAAAUAAUAUCCAUUUCUUCAAACUUUGCACUAUGGAUA